AUGGUCCAUUCUGAAGAGUAUAAAGCAAAACGGUUGGCAAGAAAGCAGCGUUUUAUGCAGCAAGCCAAGAAGAAUAAUGUUUUCAAGGCUCGCCGUCGAAAUAAUUUCUCGAGAAGGCCAAAUUAUCACAACGGUCCUCAAAACGAGAAUAGCUAUGAGAAGGCUCCCAAACAGGACAGCACUGCAUUGAGACAACGUGGAUUCUUCCAAGUGCUCCCGACAGAUGAUCUGCCAAGUGUACCUGAAUGUUCACAUGGCCCAUGUCUUUUGUUUGAAAAGAAGAAUGGACCAGAAGUCGAGGAAACAUUUUUCUCUUGUGCGAUUUACAGAAACCAGGACGAAUUCUGUGAUUUUAAACUGCAGUACAACAAGGAAACCGGGGAAAUUGAAGUGAAGGAGGGAGAAGAUUCUGAGAAGAAGAAGAAAAUAUUCGGAUACAAUCGUAUUCCAAAAGCUCUCACUGAAAUGAAGCCAACCGACACAGUUCUCUACUGCAAGGAUUGUAUCAAUGUGUUCGCAAACAAGCAUGAAUGUGUAUGUGAACCAGUUGAGAAAGAAACACUUGCCAAACCAACGAACCUUCUUCCUCCAGUUAGUGAACAACAUGGUGAAUCACAAUUCUUCUUUUCUGAGGAAACCCUUGGGGUGAUUGUCAAAGCUGUGGAGAAGUCCAAAGUGGACGGAAUCCUCUGUAUCGGAGCUCCAAGAAUUUUCGAAAAUAUCCGUGCCCGCCACCCAGAAAAGAAUGUCUUCUUGUUAGAUUAUGAUAAGAGAUUUGCAAAAUUCUUCCCCUCGAAGCAAUACGCUCAGUACAGUAUGCUCGUAGAUCAUUUCUUCGACAAAAAUGCAGAACCAAAGCUAAUGGAAUUCUUCCAAAACAGCAAGAGCGUUCUUCUCAUCACUGAUCCACCUUUCGGAGUGUUUAUGGAGCCUCUUCUGAAGACAAUCGAAAAAAUGAAGCAGAGAUUUGUAUCAACUGGAAAAGAGAUCACCUCGUUCUAUUCUAUGAUCGUUCUGCCAAUUUAUAUCCGCAAAUAUGUGCUUCAUGACAACUUUUGGAUGUCUGACUAUCGCGUGACUUAUGUUGGACACAAACUUUAUCAAUAUCCGGAGAAGACAAUUGUCCGAUUGUUCACCAAUUUGCCAAAAAAUUGCAUUGAUUUGGAGAAGGUUGAUGGAUACAAGUUCUGUGAGAGCUGCGAUCGCUAUGUCACCAAAAACAAUAUUCACUGUGAACGCUGUGAUGCGUGCACCUCGGUUGAGCAAGGCAAAUGGAAUCACUGUGAUCAAUGCGAUAAAUGUGUGAAGCCGAGAUACGUGCAUUGUGCUGAAUGUGAAAGAUGUCAUUUAUAUGGAAGAUGCAUUCAAAAGUAUUGA